UAGCCAUGCGGAUCCUUUUAAUAUUAUGUGGGGUUCUCUCUGCAGUAUGUUGCAAAAGCUACGUUACGGCUCGUCACCAAAAUGUACCACAUCAGAAGCUUUCUCUUAGAGCAUCAACCGGAGAACAAUCAACAUUGAGCCACCUAAUUAUGAAACGAGCUGCAAUUCAUGCAGUAGAUAGGUCACCAGAGAAGUUUUCGGGAAUUCGACGUUUCCAAGGCUCGACAAAAUACUUUCAAUCUUCUGCUCUCUUGCGUCGUGUUGCUAGAUCACCUCAAGCUGCAGAUGAUGGCAAUGAACCUCAAGACUCUUCAACUGGUGGACCAUGUCAACCACCAGAUGAUAUUGCUAAGUUGCGGUUCGAUCGCGUGCGGCAUAACCAUUCUCAUUCUCACUGGAGGCAUAACGAACGUCAAAACCAACCACAGAAUGCAACGGAUGCACCAAGUGAAGCAAAUUGAUUAUAAAAUCAAUACCUUCCCUUUAUAUACUUUUUAAUUGUUGUUUAAAUAUUUUCAUUAAUUUUUUUGAAAGGCUACAGUUCUCUGUGUUUGUAGAUGCACCUCACAUCUCUUUAAAUACACAAUGGCAAAAUGGAUAGUACAUUCUGCGAAGAACUACCUAUGUAGAAAUGACUUUUUUGGAAAACUGUUUACCCCGGUUUUCAAGCUUAUUUUUCAUGGCUAUUGAUCUUUUUUUACAAAUUCAGUGUUCGUUCAUUUUUCUUGAAAGUAAUUUAUUGGUGAUGCCGUGAUACUGAAAUCUGGCAAUUUUACAAUAACCUUGAUACCACGUAAUGUUACGGGGAGUUU